UCUAAGAAGUCAUCCCUUGUCCUGAGGCCUUUCCUCUAGCUGACUGUGUGAGAGGGGUGCUGAUUAUCCCACCCCUGGAGAAAGGAGAACGUUGAGACAAUGGCAAGUAAGAGCAUGCCCAGGAUGAAGACACACAAGGAGAAAGCACCACUUCCUCGAGACCACCACAAGCAAGAGGAUAAAAAGAAAAAAAGUCAUAAGAGAAGAGUGGCUGCUGCCAUCCAGUUGGCCAGAAUUCAGGGAUUGGUGACCUUCAACGAUGUGUCCGUGGACUUCUCCCGGUCUGAGUGGAAACACCUGGUACCUGCCCAGAAGGCUCUGUACCGGGAUGUGAUGCUGGAGAACUAUAAGAACCUGGUGUCCCUGGGGCUUCAAACUAUUAAACCAGAUGUGAUCUCCCGGCUGGAGCAAGGGGAAGUACCAUGGAUUCCAACAAGCCAUGUCCCAAAAGAUUCCUCUCAUCACAAGACUAUCAGUAAAACCAAAAAGUCAGCUCCAAAACAGGAUCUCUCUGUGAGAGAAUCCUCUAAGAAAAGAGUAACGAAAGAUGACUCGCAGAAGGAUUCAAAGCUUAGGAAAGUUUCAGGAGGCAAUAGCAAAGCAGAGAUUAAGAAAGAAAAGCCAGGAAAACAACCCAGGAAUGAAGCACUCAAUCACCAACAAAAGCACCAAGCACCAAAAAUCACCAAUGAGUCAAAGGCCCAUAAGUGCAACACAUUUGAGAGAAAAUGUAGCCCAGUUUCAAUACCUACUUCAAGGCAGUCAGUUCCUACAGAAACAAGUGUCCAUAAAUGUCAUAUAGCUAGAGAAAGCUUCUUCAAACAGCUUUCCGAACUAAUUAAACAUAGCAAAAUCUCAUUUGGGAAAAAUAUUUGUAAGUAUAAUAAUGAUAAGCAACCUUUCAGUAACCCCACAGCUUCUACUCAAAACCCUGAAAAACGUAAUGAAGAGAAACCUAGUAAAGAUAACAAAUGUGGGAAGGACAACAUGCCUAGGAAACCCCAUACUGAACAUCAGAAAAGUCAUACUAAAAAUAAACGCAAUAGAUGUAAUGAAUGUGGGAAAACCUUCACACGAAGCACAGGACUUUCUGAACACAAGAAAAUUCAUAGUGGAGAGAAACCUUUUAAGUGUGAUCAGUGUGGGAGAGCCUUCACAGCAAAGGGAAGACUUAAUGAACAUCAGAAAGUUCACACAGGAAAGAAGCCUUAUAAAUGUCAUGAAUGUGGGAAAGCCUUCACUUUAAGAGGACGGCUUAACGAACACCGGAAAGUUCAUACAGGAGAGAAGCCCUAUGUGUGUAAUGAAUGUGGAAAGGCUUUCAUCCAGAAGGGUACACUUCUUGAACAUCAGAAUGUUCACACUGGAGAGAAACCCUAUGAAUGUAAACAGUGUGGAAAAGCCUUCAGACAGAGGGGACAACUUUGUGAACAUCAAAAAAUUCAUACUGGAGAGAAACCAUAUAAAUGUAAUGAAUGUGGGAAAGCUUUCUCAGGAAAGGGACGACUCACAGAUCAUAAGAAAAUCCAUUUAAGAGAGAAACCCCACAAAUGUAGUGAAUGUGGGAAAAGCUUCGUCCAAAGGUCACACCUUUUUGACCAUCAAAAAAUUCAUACAGGAGAGAAACCUUAUAAAUGUAAUCAAUGUGGGAAAGCUUUUUUAACAAAGACACUACUCAGUGGGCAUCAGAAAAUUCAUACUGGAGUGAAACCUUAUGAAUGUGAAUAUUGUGGGAAAGCCUUCACACUGAAAGGACGACUGAAUGAGCAUCUGAGAAUUCAUACUGGAGAGAGACCCUAUGAAUGUGAUCAGUGUGGGAAAGGUUUCAUAGUGAAGGCACGACUUACUGAGCAUCUGAAAAUUCAUACUGGAGAAAAACCUUAUAAGUGUGCUGAAUGUGGGAAAUCAUUCACACAAAGUGGACAACUUACUGAACAUCAGAGAAUUCAUUCUGGAUUAAAGCCUUUCAAAUGUAGUCACUGUGGGAAAGCCUUUACACAUAAAGGACGACUUGGUGAACAUCAGAAAAUUCAUACUGGAGAGAAACCCUUUGAAUGUAGUCAGUGUGGCAAAGCCUUCACACAGAGUGGACAACUUAAUGAACAUAUGAAAAUUCAUACUGGAGAGAAACCCUUUGAAUGUAGUCAGUGCGGCAAAGCCUUUACACGAAAGGAACGACUUAGUGAACAUCAAAGAAUUCACACUGGAGUGAUACCCUAUGAAUGUAGUGAAUGUGGGAAAGCCUUUACACGGAAGGAAAGACUUAGUGAACAUCAGCGAAUUCAUACUGGAGCAAAACCCUUUGAAUGUAAUGAAUGUGGGGAAACCUUCAGUCGUAGGACAUCCCUUUUCUAUCACCAGAAGAUUCAUUGUACAUAA